GCAUGCGCGUGUGGUAGGCCUGUGACAUGGCGGAAAGUAGGAGCCCAGACAGGGGGGCAAAGGAGGAUAAGCCGCGGCCCCGAAACAUAUCCAGAGAAGAGUCUCUGCAGUUGGAAGGCUAUAAGCACGCCUGUCAUGCGCUGCUGCAUGCACCUAGUCAAGCCAAGCUUUUCGACCGUGUCCCUAUUAGGCGUGUAUUGCUGAUGAUGAUGCGCUUCGAUGGACGCUUGGGAUUCCCAGGUGGUUUUGUAGACACUCGAGACAUAUCUCUGGAAGAAGGUCUGAAACGGGAAUUGGAAGAGGAACUGGGUCCUGCUCUCGCAACGGUGGAGGUGACAGAGGACGAUUAUAGAAGUUCCCAAGUCAGGGAACACCCUCAAAAGUGUGUUACUCACUUCUACAUUAAGGAACUGAAACUUGAGGAAAUAGAGAGGAUUGAAGCUGAGGCCGUGAAUGCGAAAGACCAUGGAUUAGAGGUGAUGGGCCUGAUCCGUGUGCCCCUGUAUACCCUACGGGAUCGAGUGGGAGGUCUUCCUGCAUUCCUGUGCAACAACUUUAUUGGGAACUCUAAAAGUCAACUUCUGUAUGCACUACGCUCUUUGAAACUGCUACGGGAGGACCAGAUUCAGGAGGUCCUGAAGGCAAGCCAUAGACUUCAGUACUGAUAACCAGUAUGAUGUCUUCCAGCUGUUGAAGUGCAUGGCUCAAGUACAGACACAUGUACAUGCUGGUGUGUAUAUAUUAUUGUAUAUAGAUAAAUUCAGUAAUGUCACGCAAUUGUGAAUUUAAUUUGGACAGUCCAACUGCAAUUCAGUAGGAUGGCCUUUUAAAAACUCCACAUAAGCCCAGAUGAUUAGAUAAUAGGGCAAAACUUGUCAAACAGGUUAUUUUUUUUUAUAUUCUCAUUUUCUCAAGUUUCUCUGCUUAAACGUUUAUACUGUAUAACUACCUACUGUGAGCAACAUUCUUUUGUAUCUGUGGGAAUAUGUAAAAGAAUUACAAGAAUAUUAUUUUCUCUUUUGAAAUAAAACCAAUUUUUGUUUCUAAAACGAAUAAAAUACUGUAGUACAGAGCUACAGAGAACUGAAA